GUCGCUCACACGUGGACUGAAAACGGUUAGUCGCCAACGCUGUCUCGGUGCAUUUGUGCUGUCGUUUCGUGGUCUAUUUAACGUUCAUCUCUUUAUCACACUCUAGCACAUUAUUCAUCAGUUCACGCGAACAACAGCUAUAAACUGAACGACCGGGAAAUCAUUGAUCGUCGGUAUCAGCCACAUUGUGUAACCCACGCAAUUUAUCUUAUCGUAUAGUGCCAAAUGGGUAACACAAAUACUGCUAGGAGAGGUUCGAUAUUCUCCAAGCAGGACUCGACGGGCGAUGAGGGAUCCACUCGACAUAGUAAGCGCUUGUCGAGUCGACAGAACACUCUACUCGAAGAGGAAGAGUUCCCGCCGGAACCACCGGCGUUGCCACCACCGGAGCCACUGACCGAGCGCCAAAAAGAAUUGCUCACCGAGACUUGGAAACUACUAGAAGAAGAUAUUGCCAAAGUCGGUGUGAUCACGUUUGUCAGUCUUUUUGAAACCCAUCCGGAUGUUCAACAAUCAUUCAUGCCAUUCAAAGGCGUUGAAAUUGAAGAUUUAAAACAUAGCAGGCAACUGAGGGAUCAUGCUUUACGGGUCAUGGCGUUUGUUCAAAAGGCAGUCGCAAGAUUGUAUGAGCCAGAUAAAUUGGAAACUCUUUUGAGAGAUUUGGGUAAAAAACACUAUCAUUAUGGAGCCAAACAAAAAUACGUAGAUUUAAUUGGACCACAGUUUAUUAUGGCAAUUCAACCGUCGUUGAUAGAGAGAUGGACCGAGGAAACACAAUCGGCGUGGACUACGCUUUUUCUCAAUAUGGCGUACAUCAUGAAGGGUUCGAUGGCGGCCGAAGAAAGGUUUAAAGUGAAAAAACCUGCCGCUUAACACAGCUGUGCACAAACACACAGGACACCAAGUAUAAACGAUGAAGUCAUACUUCAUUGUCUAUACUGAGUUUCAAUAUAUUUGAUUUUGUUUUUCAUUUACAACAAGAAUUCUAGUCGAUACGUGAUAAAAAAAAUGUUAUGUAUUUAUGAAGUUAUUGCCUAAAUAAUAAUAUUAUCGCUACCAUUCGUGGACAUAAAAUAUAAAUUAUACAUCGUUUUGGUAGAGAAAAAAAAGUAAAAAAUACUAGGAUAACAUUUCAAUUUAGAAAAUAACGAAUAUUAUGUUAUCACGAUAAAAAUUGCUCUCGCGAUAUUGUCAUAAUAUGAGAGAGAAAACGUACUGUUGAUACACAAAUAUUAUAUAAUCUUACUGUGUGUACAGAACAUAAUUAAUAUUACUAUUAUAGUCAGUAGGAAUUGUGUAAGAAGUAUCAAUGUACGGUAGUUAUAACUUAUGACCAUGCGUUAGAUCAAUUAUGUAUAACACUGUAUUGCUUACAUUUAAUAAUAAUAAUAAUAAU